AUGAUGGCUCUGUGGGAGUUCAUCGAGACACACUAUGGCGACGUGCAAUUGAAGGAGAUCGUCCACGUUGAGAAGGACUUUUCCUUCCACGUUCCUGAAGCCAAUGUGGAGUUGCGUGGCGUGUGGGAUCGCAUUGACCGAGUCUCUAGUCGUACGGGCGAUGGAUCUUCGUCUUUCGUGAUCAAGGAAUUCAAGUCAAACAUGGGCGGCGCCGAACGCAAUAUGCGCAAGCUCGCGGAUGACAGUUUACAGCUCAAAAUGUACAUGUACGCCUUCCGCAAGGUCUUCGGCGAGGCUCCGUAUGGGGCGAAACUGCAGCAGAUUGGUGGUAAUUACAAUGAAGCAAGUAAACCAAGUCGCAGAAGAAUCAGCAGAGCAGGAAAUGACGACAACGGGUUUGUACACUUCUCUGAGGAGGCAGCACAGGAAGCCGUAGACGCCAUCGUUGAGGUCGCGUUAGGACUACGACGCGGAGAUUUUGAGCCGAAACCGAGCUUUGUCGAGUGCGCUUUCUGUCCGUACGCUGGGUCUGCUUGUCAUUUUGCCACCGAUGAUGCAUCACAUGAACGUCAGUCUGCAAGGAGAGCUGGCGAGGCUGCUCAGAGAUAA